GGAGAGCUGACAUUUUGUAAUAAUAAUAAUCCAAAACAUGUUAUCCGUAACGGACAACCCGAAUAAAUGGCAGCACGACAGAGGGGCUUAACGCUAUAGCUCUUCAACGUGGAAACGUUUAACUGAAAUGGGUGAAGAAGACGCUUCUAUUUCACAACGACACUGGCAGCUGAAGUAGAGGUGGGCAGGAUGGGGGAGCGGGCCGGCGGCGGCUCCGUGGCUGCGAUCUCUCCAGUGCAGCAGAUGCUGGCUUCUGGCACUGGAGCCCUCCUCACGUCUAUUUUUGUCACACCGCUGGACGUUGUGAAGAUCAGGCUGCAGGCUCAGCAAACACCGUUGCACCACGCUUUAGCCUGUGAAUCUGCUCCGUGGGGCGGCGUCAUCCGCCCUUCCAAGUGGAAAUGUUUCCUGUAUUGUAAUGGACUGAUGGAUCACAUCUACGUGUGUCAGAAUAGAACCAGUCUCACCAGCUGGUACAAAACACCCACACAUUUCAGUGGGACGCUGGAUGCUUUUGUAAAAAUCACUCGACAUGAAGGACUCAGGUCUCUGUGGAGCGGACUACCUCCAACACUGGUCAUGGCUGUACCAGCCACGGUCAUCUACUUCACCUGCUACGACCAGCUGCGGGACUUCCUGAGGUUCGGUCUGGGUUUCCAGGGCAGCCUCGUCCCUCUAGUUGCUGGUGGUCUGGCCAGAUUGGGGGCUGUGACGGUGAUCAGCCCUCUGGAGCUGGUCAGGACCAAGAUGCAGUCGCGCCGGCUGCCCUACAGCGAGCUGCGGGUGUGUAUCCGCUCGGCUGUGGCUCAGGACGGGCUGCUGUCACUGUGGAGGGGCUGGGGACCCACCGUCCUCAGAGACGUACCCUUCUCUGCGUUGUACUGGUUUAACUAUGAACUGGUGAAGGCCCGGCUGUGUGAACGGUCCCGAGUGACUCAGGCCAACUUCUCCAUCAGCUUCACAGCAGGAGCCGUCUCUGGAGCUAUCGCCGCCAUCCUGACGCUGCCCUUUGACGUGGUGAAGACGCGGAGACAGAUCCAGCUGGGAGAGAUGGAUUCUCUGGGAGCGUCCUCAAAGAGAACAACGUCCACAUGGCACAUGAUGAAGGAAAUAUGGGCUGAGAUGGGCUACAGAGGCCUGUUUGCAGGUUUCAUGCCCAGAGUGAUCAAAGUGGCUCCAGCGUGUGCCGUCAUGAUCAGCACCUACGAGUUUGGAAAGGCCUUCUUCCAAGAGAUGAACCUUGAUCGAGAGCGACUGGGAUCCUGAGUGGUUGUGUUUGCUGUCCGUUUCAUUAUUAUCAGGACAGCGAGAACAACGUCUCCUCAAACAGAAGCUUGAGGAGCGGGCAGUGCCUGGGUUUGGUUUCAUGUGAACAUAAAUGAUGAAGAUUCACCCACAUUUCACAGCUGCUCUCUGGAAAUGUAAACACAGUGACGGUGAUGAGACUUGAAUGAACAAUGAGCAGCAGGUCUGGAGACUGAGAGAUUCUGUCCUGGACCGCAGACUUUAUGUUUGAUGAACUUUAAACAGCUAUCUUAAAAUAAGAUGUUUUUUUUCAGUGCUUCAGCGAGGGGACAAACUACAUGAAUACUAAUGCACAUUUUACAAUAUUAAUGAUAAAUCUGUGGAGGACAGCGGCGUAAAUGCUUGAUGGGAAAAUUCAAACCUUCUUUAGUGCUUAAACUGCACAUCAGUACUGUUGCGUGAGUCAGAGGAAAACUUUCUAAUUCCCACUUUUUGCAUUGCCUGAGUCCGACUGCGUGGCAUGUUGAGCUCCAUUCAGCACAGGAUCCAGAUGAGCUGGUCCACACGGCAUUCGCUUUACUGCAUUCCUGAAGCAGUACAGCAAGAUAUGUUUUGACAUCCGAGUAGAUGGCUGACAAAUGUGUUUUGUGUACUGGAUAGAUUUGAUCGUGUGUAGCACUUUACAUUUGCAAAGACAAGUUCUGUGUAAUUUAAUCAGACAGACGAGAACAUGUUUUUAUGUUUAGUUGAGUGAAAGCCUCUUUUCUGUUCUCAUACCUGGAGGAAACAACAGUCUACCAAACACAAAGUCUGAUUAAGCACGCCUUCUCUGAAGAUGUUUUCUUUGGUGCAUGAAUUUAGCAUUUUAUGCUAAUAUUAUAUUACAAGAAUUGAAGAUUUGAGCACAAUUUUCUGUGGAAGCUGCUGCUGCCAGCUUCCUGAUUCCACACCGAUGGUCAUACAUUUUGCAAAGACGUGACGUGAGGAACACAAGAGGCUUCCCAAACUUUCCCCCGGGGGCUUGCUGGUGAUGAAAUGCUUUGAAUUUACACUGGAUCGUAAAUCAAAAACAUUGCUGCCUUAACCUGAAAAGUGUAAAAGAAUGCGUAUGAAUGAAAUGGUAAUAAACUUUGAGACAGCUUGAUUUUUA